ACAGUGGACAAAAUAAAGAAACGUGCUUUCAAGGUUUCCUACCGAGGUGCUGGUAUACCACCCAGUUCCCGGAGUUACACGCCAUGGGGACGAUGAUUUGUAAGGGCAGUAGAAUACUAUACCUAUGGCUCUCCCUGUUGUGAUCAUGUUCUCGUUAAUGCUGCCAAGAUGGAGGACAAAGCCCGGUAGUACGGAAUUAUCAGGAAUCCCGUUUAAAACUCACCUCAAACAUCUGCCACCCCAGACCUCACCGGGAGCCUUCAGCUUCUUCUCGGGGAUCAAUCGUUUGUUUGGGAGCAAGAGUGUUUUUUUUGUCACACCCCGUCCGCUCUUAAAUCGCUGCGACAAGAUGGUGCAGAAUAAGAUCACCGAAAUCACUGGGUUCCAUCGCUCAUUCAAGGGGCAGAACCCCUUUGAAUCUGAUGACUUCACUCAGAACGGAUCCCAUCUCCUGGACUCGGCCUUCAAUUUCGACUGCCCCCCCAGACCCGACAUGCCUUCCAGCCUGCCUAUCGACAUCCCGGAUGCCAAAAAGAGAAACAAGAAGAAAAAGAGGUGCCGGGCCACCGACAGCUUCUCGGGGCGAUUCGAAGAUGUCUACAGACUGCAGGAGGAGGUGCUUGGAGAGGGGGCGUAUGCCCGAGUCCAGACCUGCAUUAACCUCAUUACCAACAAGGAGUACGCUGUGAAGAUCAUCGAGAAGAGGCCCGGACACAGCCGCAGCCGUGUGUUCAGGGAGGUGGAGAUGCUCUACCAGUGCCAGGGUCACAGAAACAUCUUGGAGCUGGUCGAGUUCUUUGAGGAGGAAGAGAAGUUCUACCUGGUGUUUGAAAAGCUGAGAGGAGGCUCCAUCUUGACUCACAUCCACAAGAGGCGCCACUUUAACGAGCAGGAAGCCAGCAUUGUGGUGCAGGACAUCGCCAGUGCACUGGACUUCUUGCAUAACAAAGGCAUGGCUCACAGAGACCUGAAGCCCGAGAACAUCCUGUGUGAGCAUGAGGACAGAAUCUCGCCUGUGAAGAUCUGCGACUUCGACCUGGGCAGCGGGAUCAAGCUGAACAGUGACAGCUCCCCCAUUUCCACCCCGGAGCUGCUCACGCCGUGCGGCUCCGCGGAGUACAUGGCCCCCGAGGUCGUGGAGGCCUUCAGCGAGGAGGCCAGCAUCUACGACAAGCGCUGCGACCUGUGGAGCCUGGGGGUCAUCCUGUACAUCAUGCUGAGCGGGUACCCCCCUUUCGUGGGGCGCUGUGGGGGCGACUGUGGCUGGGACUGGGGCGAGGCCUGCCACUCCUGCCAGAACAUGCUGUUCGAGAGCAUCCAGGAGGGGAAGUACGAAUUCCCGGAGAAGGACUGGGCUCACAUCUCAUCCGGUGCCAAAGACCUCAUCUCCAAGCUGCUUGUGCGGGAUGCCAAGAACAGACUGAGUGCUGCCCAGGUGCUGCAGCACCCCUGGGUGCAGGGGUGUGCUCCAAAUACACUGCCGACUCCCAUCUUACUUCAGAGGAACAGCAGCGCCAAGGACCUGACCUUCUUCGCCGCGGAGGCGGUGGCGGUGAACCGGCAGCUGGCCCAGCAGGAGGAGAGUGAGACGGAGGAGCCGAGGCCCGUGGUCGUCGCCGCCCCCUCCUGCUCCGUGCGCCUCUCGCCUCCCUCGCAGUCCAAGCUGGCGCGGCGCCGGCAGAAGAGCAGCCUCCUGAAGGGGGCGCCGGUGUCGGCCUCCGAGCUCCACCAGCUCCUGGCGCCGCUGGUCGUGGUGGGCGACUGCGCGUGAGGCCCCGCCCCCUUCCUGACGGGCCCGGUGUUCUUCCAGAUCUCAGCAGUUUGUUGCCGCUCAAAAAGCACAGAUCCCUGAACUAUUUUUUUUUUUACAAAAAACGACAGAGGCAAUUCAAGGGAUGUUCAGGAUAGGGCCGGGGAAUACAAGGACAAAAGCUAUCGAAGUUCAAAGGAGCUCGGACUUUGACACCAAAGGACUACUCUUGUGCUGCUCUAGUAUUACAACUUGAUCCACUGUGAAUUUCCUCGUUUAACUUUUUUUUUUUUCCCACCAAUGUAACUCAUCAGGAAUACCAUUUGCCUGGGGCGUAUUUGCAUUAAUGUUACCUCUGCAGAUACACACCUGCUUAUGCGUUUGUCGCAAUGAAGGCUUUUCUGGCAUUGAUUCAGCCGAUCUGUGAGUAAUCAGUGCUGUCAAAGUGCUUGGUGCCAUGAAGGACGAGCUGCUGUUGCUAGAACCUUUCUGCUGCUCUCCUUCUCUUUACAGGUGAUCCUACUCCCCAGCUCCCGUUGCCCCUUCACCUCUGCUACAUUUCCAAAAGUCUUACUGGGAAUGAGCCUAAACAUGAAAAGAGAAACGGGCGGGUGUAAGAUUGUACUUGAAACUCUCAAAUGUCAGUGGGAUGGAAAUUGUUCUCCCAUUUCAACACUAAAAUAUGGCUUUUUUUCCCGUGAUACAAGCAUACGCACACAUCUAAGUUGACACCUUGCUGGUGCCUCUCAGUAAAAGCUUUAAAGGCUCAUUUUAAGUUUUCAUCUCUAUGUGGCCCCAUGCUUGUCCUGGCACAGCGUUGAUUUCGAAUUCCUGGCACGCCGGGUGCUGGAAUCGUAAUGGACUGAAAGGAAACUUGAGCUGUACGGGUCCUCGGAUUUGUCUCGGCGCCGUCUUCUGCGGGUCAUCUUGUUGUAGGGCUGACCUGGGCCCUCCUUUCCCAUGACCUGAGCCGAAGUCUGGAUUCUGAAAUGGAAUGUUUUAUUCUCACAAAAGCAAUCAAACAGGCGUGUUUGACAGGCUCCAGAGUUGGAAGUGCGAGCUGGCAUGGGAGUGAUUUAUUUCUUUAGGACUCGUUGAAUUGGUGCAGAGGCUAAACGCCGCCAUAGAUCUCCGGUGAAAUGUCUUAAAAAGAAUCGAAAUGGAAGCCACGUGUGGAAGUAGGGUUCAUGUUUUGGGGCGAACUCGACCCUGUCUCCGGGUAGCGGGGAUGUCCCUUGGGGGGCCACCUCGGCAUGGCCGUUGAUGGCCGAAAUGAGCCCAGCGUUGUCCUCCAGUUGCAGGUAGACGCCCAGGCUGCCAGGGUGGCGUGUCUCAGGGAGCCCUUGGCCAGGAGACGUUCUUGUCUCGAAGACGCAGCCGAGCCCAGGCGGGCCGGAGAAUCGCGUCUUGCCGGUUGAACAGUCUUUAGCCGAAGCUCGGGGGGGGGAGGGAGGGAAUAACCGUUCGCAGAAAUGAAAAGCGCAGGUUUAACAUGGAGAAAAUGACGGAGGGUAGGAAAAAAAAAAGCAUUCCAAAAAUUAAAAAAAAACGUCUUCCAAGGAAAAUGAACAUGCGUGAAAUAUGAAAGGAGAAAUAUAAUUUUUUUUAAGUGUUUACUUUUUAUAUACGUGGAUAACUCCAAGUAAAAUGAGAACUGUGCCACACUGUUUUAUGGGUUGUAUUCUUUUAUUUUUUUUUAUUUGAAUGCAGGUGCUCUUGUGUAAUUGCGCAGGUGAGACGUUUUUAUGUUUUUAUUUUAUUUUUUUUGUCAUGCGUUUUAGUGGCUGUGAGUGACAAUGGAAUUGAACGGGACAGUAUGUGAACAAGGAGGGAAACUUCAGAGUGUGUAUUUUAAAGACUAUUUUGAGAAAUAGGCAACAACAGAAGGUAAUGGCAUUGUUUAUUUUACUUUAUAUGUAAAGGUUUGGGCAAUGUUCUCUUUGGACGGGAAACAAAAUCCACUUUUGAUUGACGGCUUCUGGAAUUUUUCAAACCAAGGCAAGCUGUUUAAUUAGCCAGCAAUGCUUCUCCCAGAAUAUGUUGGCAGACAGCAGAGGAUUGAGAGGGUUUUUGUAAUCGAACCCUCCCCCAUUUUUAAAUCAUUCACUGCCGCCUGCUCAUGGCUUUGAGUUCUUCAUCUCGGUUCCACCGCAGUUUGAAUUUGCAAUGUUUGGCAGUCUCUAUUUACCACCAAGGAAUAUUCUGUUGCCCAAGCCUGUUUUCCUGUAAUUAAUGAAAGAAUGUCAAUGCAACAUUACCAGCAAGCAUUAUUAUGGUACUAAAAACGCAUUGCCCUUCUUGCGAUGGAGGAGGAUGCAAUAAUCAGGAUGCUGAUUGUAAACUUUUUUUUAUGAUCUUUCUACACAUACAUAUUUGUGGGGUUUUAUGUCUUAUACUAAGACUUACUUGAAUCGGAAAUGCUGUUUCCUUUUUUAUUUCAUUCUGGAAACUAGCUUUUGCAGACAAAUGGACAGGAGGCGCAGGAGCCUGGUUUUGGUGUUCUUUGGUGGGAACCUGUUAGACUCAGUAUUUUCGCCCUCUGCCCCCUUCCCCCCCCCUGCUGUCUAUGCAUAACUCUUCCGGUGCGGAUCUGCGCCACACAGAGACGAGCUGACGUCGGACGCACAGCAGUGCUACCUCUGAAACCCACCAUGGCUGUCCUGUGGUCUUGUACGUGAACAAGGGGGGUGGGGUGGUGGUCAGGACUUCUUAAGGUAUAGAGUAGCACUUUUAAAAGACCCUCCUCUUCACACCAAAUAUGAGAAGGUGUUGAAAACAAUCCAGCAGGGUUUCUGGAUUUUUUUUUCCACAUCUCUAGGAAGUAGAAAGAACUUGUUCUGGCUAGGGAAAAUAAAAUACUGCUCCCCCCCAGAUUAUUCUCCAAACUUGUAAACACAGCCAGAGCUGUCAGAAUGUGACCUUGGAGAAACUAUUGUAGUACUUCACCACCUUGAAUCCUCUGAGGAGGAAGGGGAGGUAUUUUACAGAAAUGUGAACUCUGCCUGCGAUUUCCAGUACAGUCCCACGACUGUCAGAGUCUCCGGAGUUUCGCAGACGAGGCCUUGGUAAAGUACUGUUUGUUCCUCCUGAGAGCCGACGUGAUGGGCGUUGGGAAUGGAAAUCAAAGACAAAAAAAAUUAGAAAGCACUUUACUGUACCAUAUGACUGAUAACAGUUCACUAGAAGCAAGGUUUCUAAGAGACUGUUGUUGCCAGAAUUUUGUAUUGUUUUUUUAAAGGAAUUUAAAUAAAUGCUUUGAACCACA